CAAAAACAAGCAGCCAAGCAGUAAAAUCCCCGCAUUCUCCCCAAUUCGUUUUCUAGGGUUUUGAAGUUGCGAACUCUCUUGCAAAACCCCUCUCUCUCUCUCUCACCCAUUCUCUACUCAAGUACAAACCAUGAGCAGAUCCGGACAGCCACCAGAUCUCAAGAAGUAUAUGGAUAAGAAGCUUCAGAUCAAGCUUAAUGCAAACCGGAUGAUUGUUGGAACACUUCGUGGAUUUGACCAGUUCAUGAAUUUGGUGGUUGACAACACUGUAGAGGUGAACGGCAAUGAGAGAAAUGAUAUCGGCAUGGUGGUGAUCAGAGGAAAUAGUGUUGUCACAGUUGAAGCUCUUGAACCUGUUGCGAGAUCUCAGUGAUGCACUCGUACUUUCGAAUAUAUUUCUGCUUGUAUGUAACGAUUGGGUAAUGCUAUUAUGGAUCUCGAGUGGAUUCAUUCUGUGCAUUUUAGGCUUUCUACAUUUAUCUGUUCUAAGUUGGCGUUGUUAAAUACAAAAAUACUCAUGGUAUGACUUAGGUUUGACGCCUACUGGUUAUUUUAUAUCCUUGGCUUCUACUUUUGAGUUU